CGCGCGCCCUCGGCCCAGGCCCGCAGGCAUGUCGUCGGGGGACGAGGGGUCCGGCGGGCAGAAAGGGGCCCCGCGCGCGGCCGCCGCGCUCUGCGGCCUGUACCACGAGGCCGGGCAGCAGCUGAGGCGCCUGCAGGACCAGCUGGCCGCCCGAGACGCCCUCAUCGAGAGCCUCCGCGCCCGCCUGGCCGCGCUUGAGGGGGACGCGGCGCCGUCGCUCGUGGACGCACUGCUGGAGCAGGUGGCGCGCUUCCGGGAGCAGCUGCGGCAGCGAGAGGGCGGCGCCGUGGAGGCGGCGCUGCGCCAGGAAAUUGAGAGACUCUCUGAGCAGUUGGAGGAGAAGGAGAGGGAGGCCCAGCAGCUGAUGAACCGGCCGGGGCACGAGUGCGAGAAGGAGGUUGCCCUGCUGCGGGGGCAGGUGGCAGAGAAGGAACGGGCCCGGGCCGCCAGCGACGUGCUGUGCCGCUCCCUCGCGGAUGAGGCCCACCAGCUGCGGAGGACUCUGGCCGCCACCGCCCACAUGUGCCAGCACCUGGCCAAGUGCCUCGAGGCGCGACAGGGGGCCGCGGGGGAGCAGAGACCUGAGCCAGAGCGUCCAGGCAGGGACGCCUCUGUCCAGGCUGCGAUUGAGAAGUUACAGGAAGAAAACCGGCUGUUGAAGCAGAAGGUGACUCACGUGGAAGACCUCAACGCCAAGUGGCAGCGCUAUGACGCCAGCAGGGACGCGUACGUGCGGGAGCUGUGGGCCCAGCUGAGGGAGCCCGAGGCGGAGCUGAUGAGGAAGGAGAUCUCCCGGCUCAACCGGCAGCUGGAGGCGAGGAUUGGCGAGUGUGCGGCGGCCACGCGGGAACUGGCGGCGGCGCGGGAGCGGGCACAGAUGCUGGAGCAGCAGAUUCUCGUGUACAAGGACGACUUCCUGUCGGAGAGGGCGGACCGGGAGCGGGCGCAGGGCAGGAUCCAGGAGCUCGAGGAGCAGGUGGCCGCCCUGCAGCGCCAGGUGCCCCGCGCACAGGACCCCCAGAAGCCAGGCUCCUGCCGGAUUCACACUGGGAGCAAACUGCCCACGUGCUCAGAGACCGAUGCCGUGGAGCUGCCGGCGCCUGCGGGCCAGCGGCCUGGGACUGGACCCCAGCGGCUGGGCGCCCCCAGGGAGGGCGGGCGCCCCGGAGCAGCGCGGGGCAGCCAGGGGGACCUUCAGUGCCCCCACUGCCUGCAGUGCUUCGGUGACGAGCAGGGUGAGGAGCUGCUCAGACACGUGGCCGAGUGCUGCCUGUGAGUCCCAGCGGGGACAGGCCGGGCACCCCCUGACGCGAGGUCAGGGCUGAGGGUGCCUCCAGCCCUUUGCCUCCAUCCUGCAUGCGCCACGGACAGAGGGCGCUCCCAGCAGCGCCGCGGUGGGGAUGCACUCGGGAGGCCUGGCUCUGCUUUGGGCGCAGAGUGUGUGUCUCCAAGCUGUCAGGCUGAGGCCACGGUGACUGCCCUGCCCCAGCCCACACCCGGGGCGUGGCAGUUUGCUGGGAAGAGGCGGCUGCCCGGGGGGACCACAUGCCGUUCCUCAGGGUGGCAGGGCCCCCGCAGGUGUCCGCAGAGCGGAGCGCGCGGCCCCCGCGGGGCGUCUUGGCCAGGAGAACGCGUGUCUGCCCUGGACUGCAGUGCGCUGCAGCGGCCACGCAUCCCGCAGUUCAGGCACUUUCAUUUCGUGUUCACUCAUUUCUGUAAUAAACGUGUCUGCUACCGUGACGGCUCUGAGAACGCGUGAAG